AGAAAGUCAUUACCCAUCAGUGACUGCGCGAGAAGUUGCGCACACGUCAAAUGCAAAUGCCCAGCAGCCUCGCGAUGUAAAAACAAAUGUAACCACUAACGGAAUGUUUCACGGGACAUGAUACAGAGAGAAUUCAGCUAAACCUGAGUAGAGUUAAUCAGUCUCGCUUUAGAGGAAUCUUGUUUACGAGGUUGAGAGACGUAAGAUUAGUGUAACCAGCCGCACUUCCGCUACUCAGUGACACGCCUCAGGAUUUUAAACAUGUCGCUAUUGUGAUGUCAUUUUUAUAUCCCGAUUAUAAGGUGAGGCUACAAGUUGUUUGGCAGGUAACUGUCCGUCGGGAGUCUGACAUGUAAAAAGCGCCCUCGUCGGCUCCGCACAGCCAUCCGGAACAUGACGAGCCAGUCCUGGCUAGAGUCAUCCCUUCACCGCUCCUCCAAACUCGGGCGUGAAGUGUUGGAGAGAGCGCGCAAACGGAGUGUGCGCUGGUCGAAUACCAGUCCAUAUGACAGUCGCACUUCAGCUCAAUCUACUGACACUGGGGAGAUACACCUAGGCCUACCAGAAGACGAGCAGAUAAUGGACCACCCAGGCCAUCUUCAUAAGAGUCUGGAUAAUGCCUUUGACAGAAUAGUCGAGUUCAUGGAUCAUACUUCUUAUGAAUGCAAGAACUUUUACAAGUCAGUCCCAGAGCCCAGCGACCAUGAGAGGCAGCAUGUAUGUCACUUUCAUUCAGGAAGACCAGCUGUACCCGGCCCCUCAACUCUACCCCCGUCAUCAACUCUCCCCCCCAUCUCAACUCUUCCCUCCUCCACCGCCAGUAGGACUCGUGGAUCUGCGCCUGUGCCUAUUAAGGACUCUGUAAAGAGUCAGUGUGGACCGGAGGACUUCCACAUCGUGCUGUCGCCAGGGAGCUACGCCAUCACUGCUGGCAUACAGGGCAACGCCCCGCAGACACAGGUGGUGCGCGUCAGCCCUGGAGAGAGCAUGAGCCUCACAUUUAACCUUUAACCUCUGACCUCAUCAACAGUGAGACUUUCUCUACACUGAAAGUGUGUGAACAUGUGUAUGUUUCUUUCCCAGGAGUGUGCGUUUCUGUCACUAGGAUCUCUGUAGAGAUAUGAAAUGCCUUUGAUACUUUGUUCAGCCAUUUUCUUAAAUUGAUUAAAUACUAUAUUUUUUAAAAAGCACAUUAUAAACUUGAUAUAAGCUAUAUUGAUAUAUAUAUCAUAUCUAUAUAUUUGUAAUAUAAUGGAAUAAAGUCUGAUUUAAGUUUUGUA